AUGCAUUUGAUUAUACUCUCUUUGCUUUUGUUUCUAAAACUUUCAUCAACCUCGGCAUUUGAUACUAUGAAUCAAGGUUCAUCCCUUUCAGUGGAUGAAUCGAAAGAUAUCAUAGUAUCACAAAACGGCAUGUUUUGUGCCGGAUUCUACGUUGUUGGUGAAAAUGCAUAUUCCUUUGCCAUUUGGUUUUCCGAACCAAACCACCAAACCAAAAACCUUACCUUAGUAUGGAUGGCAAACCGCGAACAACCAGUUAACGGAAAAGGCUCAAAACUUCACCUUCUCCACAACGGUAACCUUAUCUUAAGAGAUACCGACGCGUUUCAUGUUUGGUCCACAAACACUGUCACGCUCUCUUCUGUUCAUCUCAUUCUUUUAAACACCGGGAACCUUGUUUUACAAGGUAAUGGUGUUACCUUAUGGCAAAGCUUUGAUUUCCCUACAGAUACCCUUCUACCGCAACAAGUUUUCAAUAGACAUUCAAAACUAAUUUGUUCGAGAAGCGAAACAAACAAGUCAUCUGGUUUUUACACGUUGUAUUUUGACAACGACAAUAUUCUUCGUAUUCUAUACGACGGUCCUGAAGUAUCGAGCAUUUUUUGGCCGGAUCCUUGGCUAACUGAUUGGGAUGCUAAAAGGGCUGGUUACAAUAACAGCAAAGUCGCGGUUUUGGACACUCUUGGUAACUUUAGUUCAUCAGAUGAUUUCAAUUUCAUGACAUCUGAUUAUGGAGAUGCAAUGAUGCAGAGAAGACUAAGACUUGAUCCUGAUGGAAACCUUCGCACUUAUAGUCGAAAACAAAGUGGCCAAAAUUGGUACACUUCAUGGCAAGCCAAAUCAAGACCUUGUAGAAUUCAUGGUGUUUGUGGUGUGAAUAGUUUGUGUUCUUAUUAUAGUAACAGUGUGAAAUGUGCAUGUCUUCCAGGCUACAAAAUGAAGAAUCCUCAAGAUUGGGCUUAUGGAUGUGAACCAGAAUUCACUCUGUCAUGCAACAAAACCGCGUCGCGGUUUCUAAUUAUAACCAAUGUGGAGUUAUAUGGUUAUGAUUAUGGAAUCUUGACAAAUUACACACUUGAACAGUGCAAAGAUUUAUGUUUGCAAUUAUGCAAUUGCAAAGGCAUUCAAUUUGCCUAUGUCAAAGACGGAACUGGUAUACCCGGUACUUAUUCAUGUUACCCGAAGAUGCAGCUGCGAAAUGCAUAUCGAAUACCGUAUUUCAAUGCUGAUUUGCACUUGAAAUUGCCAGUAAACAGUACAUACACUUACACGGAGUCAAUGGAUGACAAGUACAAACUUGUUUGUUCAUCGAAUCUGAAAACAGUAACUCUUGCAACAUCAUACAACAAAUUUCGCGAAGGAAGGUAUAUAAGAUUUUUGCUCUGGUUUGUAGGUGGAAUGGGAGGACUAGAAAUCUUGUGCAUAUUUGUGAUGUGGUUUUUCUUUGUAAGAAAAAAACAAAAAACUUCUAGAACAGCUACAAGAGUUUAUGAUAUGGUUGGUUUUAGAAAAUUCAGUUAUUCUGAAUUGAAAAGAGCAACAAAAAGUUUUAGUCAAGAGAUUGGAAGAGGCGCGGGAGGUAUUGUAUACAAAGGUGUAUUGUUGGAUCAACGAAUUAUAGCGGUGAAGAGAGUCAAGGAAGCUAAUCAAGGUGAAGAGGAGUUUCUCGCCGAAGUUAGUAGCAUUGGAAGACUUAACCACAUGAACUUGAUUGAGUUGUAUGGUUAUUGUGUAGAGCGAAAACAUCAAAUGCUUGUGUAUGAGUACUUGGAAAAUGGUUCUUUAGCGGAACAUAUAAAGUCUAGUAGAUUGGAUUGGGGAAAAAGGUUUGAAAUAGCUUUAGGUACCGCGAAAGGUUUGGCCUAUAUUCACGAGGAGUGUUUGGAGUGGAUUUUGCAUUGCGAUGUAAAACCGCAUAACAUACUUUUGGAUUCUAACUAUCAACCAAAGGUGGCAGAUUUUGGUUUGUCGAAAUCGAGAAAUAGGAAUGAUCCUAAAUUCUCUAGUUUUUCAAAGAUACGAGGAACAAGAGGUUACAUGGCACCUGAGUGGAUUUUGAAUCAUUCUAUAACAUCUAAAGUUGAUGUUUAUAGCUACGGAAUAGUUGUGUUAGAAAUGAUAACCGGAAAUAGUGCAACAAAAGAUGUUGAUGUGGGAACUGGACAAGAGAAGCUAGGUUUGGUUAUGUGGUUGAGAGAGAAAAGAAAGGAAAGUAUUUCAUGGGUUAAAGAAAUUAUGGAUCCCAACAUUGAAGAAGGUUGUGAUGAAAAUGAAGUUGAAACUUUGGCUGAAGUGGCUUUACAAUGUGUUGAAGAAGAGAAAGACAAGAGACCUACCAUGAGUCAUGUGGUAGAAGUGCUUCAGAAAAUUAGCCGCAAAAAUGAUAAUCAAGAAUCAAUAAGUAGUUAG